CAGAAACUGCUGCUCAGAAGCAGCAAAUAAAGCGUCCUCUUCACAGUCCCAUCUCAAGCACAGCUUCUCGCCAUUCGUACAAAAUUGCCUUGUUUGCUUUCUUGCUUUCACUUGCGCAUGAAACAAGUCUUACAAGCUGCCGGAACUCUGCAGCCACAAACUCGACCGCCCCAUUUGCCCUGCGCCAACGUCAAGGCAAGAUCCCCUGUGAAGCAGACUCUUAGACCAGCACAAUCGAGAGCCGUGUCAGGCAGCCAAUCCCUAUUCUUGACGUCAGCGAAUGGCUCCACCAAAGCAUGUGCCGGCAUUCGUCGGCCCCACCUCUACGGUGAUACCAGUUGUCAACCAUUGGUCUGACACGUCGAUGUUGACCCCCCACGAGCCCAUCCGCGAUGACCUGGCGCGCAUGGAGCGCCUGCUGCAGGCGCCCUUCUUUGACGGAACGCAGCCCUGGAAGGUCGCGGCGUUCUUCAAGUGGUACAACCGGUGGUUCUACCCCAACGUACACCACCACCACGACGUGGAGGAAACCAUCUUCUUCCCCUUGAUCAAAGCCCGCUGUGACGUCAUCCCCGAGCGCAUGUCCGCCGACCAUGAGGGGCUUAUUCACAUGCUGGAUGACAUCAAGGGAAUGGAGCUGCGCUUCCAGCCGCUCACCAAGGGGGGAUCCCCUCCAUCGAUGGCAGAGCGGCGAAAUUUGGCAGAGGAGCUGAGGCAGAAGGUCGCCCACAUGGCGGCGGAGCUGAGGGAGCAUCUCGAGGAGGAGGAGCGGUUUUUCACGCCAGUGAUUCGGGAGAAGUUUACAAAGGAGGAGCACCAGCAGAUCAUCGACAAAAUCAUCAAGGCUGGAGGCCUGAGCGGGAACGCCAAGAUGGCCCCCUGGAUCGUGCAUUCCAUGUACAAGUGGGCGGGCAAGGACUACGUGGAAAAGGAGUUCCGGGCUUCUAUGCCGGCGCCCAUCAGAUUCAUCCUUGACCACUUCUGGUACCCCAAGUACCUCAAGAAGUGCGUCGCAGGCCUGGACGUGUUGGAGCUGGUAGCGGACCCUAAGACAAGCGCCGGAAAGUCCAUGAAGCGGAUAAGCUCGGUCGAGCCCUAAGCGCUGCUUUCAGUCAAUGAAGUUCGUCCAUUAGUCUAGACAUCACUGCCAUAAGGUGCGCUGCUAGCUGUAGAUACGGUUAGGAGAGGACCGCUUGUAGACAGAAACGUCAAAGCUGCUUUGGAACAAGGCACACGGUCCUUCUUCCAAACGCAAACCCGAGCACGCACUGUGUAAAACUGUAAGGCCCUAAAACAUGGUCACUGCAAGAGUUUGUCAUAGCCUAGAGCCAUAGCUACUGAGAGCUAGUAAGCUAGACAGUUGCGCAACCGUCUAGAUGAGUCACUAGCUCAAAUCAGCGUAGACAAAUGUCCGGGCACCAUAUGGAAGUCGCACCCAUUGCGGUAGCUAGAUGGCCGUGCUGGUUUUUCAUAAGCUUAGUUCCUCAAAAGAAGACUGCUUACUCCUUACGGCCAUGUCUGUGCAACAUGGCAAGUGGCCGGCCCCAGAGAUUCAAACUCGAAACAGACGAAUCCAUGCAAGACUCAAUCUGCUGAUCUUUUCUACCAUUAUCUGAAGCUAGCUUAGGUAUCUAGAUCGUUAGCAUCACGAGGGUACGCUACGUCCGUCAUAUUAUAACGAACGUAUGGAUGAUGGAUGGUACAGACUCGAACUCUUGUUCCAAGUUGCAAGAUUCGCCAGUUAAUAAUUUGACGCGCAAUAAAUCGCGCGCCGCAGGAGAUCGACUCCUGAAUUCGGUU